ACUAUUACGGUCACGCUCAGCUUUUAAUAUUAUCACUACUAUCACACUCUUUUUUUCUUCUUCUACUUCCACACACUUCAUCUCUGUACUUCACUUUCUCUCUCAUCUUCUCUCUCUCUGAAUUUUCCAUGAUAUAUUACAAGCUCUGAAUAUUCAAUAUAUCAUGAGGGAGAGCAAAAUGGACAAAGAAAAUGGUGUGAAUGUGAGGGUGACUCGAGCAAGGGCAAGAGCUUUGAAGGAGCCUUCAAGAAAUGAACAAGCUGUUGUUGUUGGACUCAAAGAUGUGACCAACAUUUCUGCAAAAUCACAUAAGCGUACUCAUACAUCAAAUUUUCAGAAGAAAGAAGGUUCUAAGAAGAGAAAGACCAAUGUAGCUUCAGAAGAUGAUGUCUCCUUGCAAGUUUGGACAAUCAAAGAGGAUGCAAAGAAAGAGUUAGCUAAAGAUUCUUCAACAUCAACAAUGACAAAGAAAGAGUCCCUGCAAGUGCAGCCUUCUGUGGAAAAUUCCCUGCUUUCAAUGCAGGACACACUAAACUCUCCAAAUACAGAGAUAAAUUUGAUAUGUGAGAAACUAAGUGCCUCAGUUGGGUUGGGAAUUGUGGACAUUGAUUCAAAGUUAAGGGAUUCUCCUAUUUGGACUUCAUAUGCCCCUGAUAUAUACACUAAUAUUCAUGUCAGAGAGUGUGAAAGGAGGCCAUUAGCCAAUUACAUGGAAACUUUGCAGCAAGACAUCACUCCCGGCAUGAGGGGAAUUCUGGUUGACUGGCUUGUGGAGGUUGCUGAUGAGUUUAAACUAGUUCCAGACACACUUUACCUUGCUGUGAAUCUCAUUGAUCGAUUCCUUUCCCAACGUUUGAUUACCAAACGAAGGCUGCAGUUGCUUGGUAUUACUUGCAUGCUGAUUUCAUCUAAGUAUGAAGAGAUUUGUGCUCCUGGAGUUGAAGACUUUUGCGUCAUCACAGAUAAUACAUACUCCAGACAAGAGGUAUUGAAAAUGGAGAAAGAGGUUCUAAAUCUUCUGCAUUUUCAAUUAGCUGUUCCCACAAUCAAGACAUUUCUCAGGAGGUUUAUCCAAGUAGCACAAACUUCUUCCAAGGUUGCUCAAGCUGACCUGGAAUUUCUGGCAAACUAUUUAGCAGAGCUAGCACUUGUUGAAUACAGCUUCUUGCAGUUUCAACCUUCCAAGAUAGCUGCAUCUUCUGUGUUACUUGCAAGAUGGACCCUCAACCAGUCAGAGCAUCCAUGGAAUCCAACUCUGGAACACUAUACAAAUUACAAAGCAUCAGAGCUGAAAACUACUGUCCUUGAACUAAUAGAUUUGCAACUUAACACCAAACGCUGUCGUCUCAAUGCAGUACGUGAAAAAUAUCAACAUCAGAAGUUCAAUAGUGUGGCGAAUUUGUCUCCGAAACCGGUGGAAUAUCUUUUCUAGGAUCAACUGUAGAAGCUAGAGACUAGAAAAUGACUUUAGUUGAGAUUAUGUCUGAUUGCAGUUGUUUUGCCUUCAAAUUGUUGUUACGGGCUAUUUCGUAGUUGUGACUUGUAGGAUGGUACCAACCUCUGGUGCUUCUUGAUCUACUAGCAGUGAAUUAUAAAAUGACAGUAGAAAACUGUAUUAAUAAUAUGUUACCUUUGUAUUGUAACAAACAAUCAUCCUUAUUUAUGUUAUAAUGAACAAAAACAAUUGUCCUAAUAUUGUUUAGUUUUGCUUCUUUUA